CGUAAAUCACACAUACAAGCCAUUGAAAGUAAUUUAACAGUCAUUGAAAUUGAUGAUAAAUUAAUAAUAAUAAUAAAUACAAAAAAAUGAAUUUAAGUAAUUGUAAAAUUUGCACGGCAAUAAUUUUAAUGUUUUACCUGUCAGUACACUGCAGAAGAGCUCCAAAAAAAUCCCAAGUAAUUUCUAUUGAAGUAAAUAAUAAAUUAUACAAAAUGUAUUCCGUGAAGAAAAGUUGGCUUGAAGCUGUCCUAGAUUGCGAGGAUAGAAAUUCUCAAAUAGCCGACGUUAAUUCUAUUGAAGCUAAAUCUCUAGCUCGAGCGAUGCUCAAGCACCGACCUACUAUCGAGAGUGUCUGGAUCGGCGGGUAUGAAGAAUUAUCUAAAGAAGAAAUAAAUAAAGUCGAAGGUAAUAAAUUAUGUUUGUUUUUAGACUGCCAUCUUGAUAAAGUCGCUAUUUUGAAAUCUUUUUGCGGCAAACGCCGCCAUGUUGUUUGUCAAAAUAAAAAUAGCUUUAAUUCUUCGGAAAUAUCUUCUACAACUGUUAUAAUUAAUAUUUCUUCAAUUUAUCCGUUUCAAAAAAACAAAACAAAUAAUUUUAUCAAUAGUUUUAGUGGUAAUAAUAAUAGUUACCAAAUUUUGACAUCUUUAGUACCUAGUACGCCAUUUUCUUCAACAACAGUACCCGCCAUUUUGUUUACUACUAAAGUAACUGCUUUAGACUCAACAGAACCGAGAAUUAAAUCUGUUACAGAAUCUUUUGUGAGAAAAAAUGAAUUACAAAGAAAUAAUAUUGAAAAUAAUUCAACAGAACCGAGAUUAAAAUCUGUUACAGAAUCUUUAGUGAGGAAAAAUGAAUUACAGAGGAGAAAUUUUAAAAAUAAUUCAAAAGUGGUUAAACAAAUUAAAUAUUCUAAUGUACCAAAAUUGUACUAUGCGUUUGAAGGUCCCUUGGUAGGAAAAUUAGAAGAUAAUAAUAUUAAUAAUAAUAAACAGUUAGUUGAUAAAAAAAAAUUAACUCAUAAAUAUCAAAAAUAUAUUUCAAGUCAGAGUUUAAAAGUAACAAAGACUUUCUUAAUAAAAUAAAUAUUUAUUAUGUACAUUUAAUAAUAUUUUAAAUUAAAAUUA